CCUUUUUGCAAAAACCUUGCGCUCGUGGUGAAGAAUAUGCACAUCUACAAUUGCUGCAAGUAUCGUUUUUUGUGUCAACAGCCAAGUACAUCACCUUUUAGUUUGUUCAUACCAGCAAAUGCUCAUAGCCACUCAAACCGAUAUCAUCAAAGACCUGCAAAAACCUAUUCCGAUGAUGACAGUAAAUCACUGACUCAUGUUAUUACCACGCUUUGAUGCACUCUUAUCACCAUCACAUGACUCCUUGCGUGCGCACACCUGAUUACAUAUAGUGCUGUACGACUGGAUCAAUAGCAUAUCUCUUCGAGAAGACGGUAUAAUCGGGACAGUCCGAGACGCAAAAUAUGUCAAAGAUUCUCACAGUGAGAAAAAAAAAUGCAGGAACAGCAGAAGUGUGACUCACAUAGUCUCGUUUUCGUUGCGGAGAGUACGAUGAUCUACGAAUAAUUCAAUUGUCUCUAAUAAAAAUAUACCAUGUUCGUACCAACAAUUAAAUACAAACGAGUCAAUGAGAUUUCUGUGAAGGAGGACACAAAAGAAGAAAGAAAGUCGCCAGCAAAUAAUACAAUAGAUACAGCAGUGGCAGCAGUUGAAGAAAAAGAAAAAACUGCCACGGAUACACCAGAACCUGCUACCAGUAGUAAUAACACCGGCAGUGCUGCUCCUGACGACGACGCCGAACCAACGAUUGAAGUCGACCCGUCAGAUAAAGAACGGAUUUUGGUGACUUUGACGAGCGGUAAACAGUAUACGGCAGAUCGAUAUUGCCCGCAUGCCGGUGCCGAUCUAUCGUACCUUGGUGAAGUGGCAGAGGACGAAUAUCCUCCAGAAAUUGGGCCGAUACUUAUGUGCACUCUUCAUUACUGGGAGUUUGCUUUAGAAAAGGCGGGUCGUUCAGGUGGUGGCUGGGCUACACUUAAUGCAUGUCCUGUUCCAGCAGACCAAUGCCCUGCGGGCGAAAAUAAUAAAAAACUCGACUGGUAG